GGACAGCGUGUGCAUCUCCGGCUCUGACGGCUCCUGACAGAUCCGUGACGAUGGAGAAGAUGUCGGGUGUAGACCUGAACACGGGGGCGUCGGAGGGGGGCCGGAAGGAGCUGGUCCUCAAGUGGUUCACUGAGACUCAGGCGCUGCUCAUCCUGAACCCUGACGGAAACUUCCCUGACUGGUUUCAAGGCUUUGCUGCACGAAAGGACACGGAAGAUCUCCUGAGAGAUAAAGAUCUGGGCUGUUUUCUCAUCCGCCUCAGUGACAAAGCCAUCGGCUACAUCCUGUCCUACAAGGGCCUCGACAGGUGUCGCCAUUUUGUCAUCACCCAGAAUCCAGAGGGCCAGUUUGUCAUAGCGGGAGACUGCCAGACGUACGGCAGUCUCACAGAGCUGAUAGAGCAUCACAGAGUCAGCCCCAUCCAGCCCUUUGGAGAAUACCUGACCUCCAGUUGUUAUGAGGUAAACACAGGUGAGCUGUAUGAUGUGGUCAAUUUCAAAGACAAACAGAAGCCAGGGGUGAGUGUCCAAGCUCUGCGGACUCUCUGGGACCAAAAACACGAUCGGCACAGCGACCCGGGCAACAAUCAAAGGAUUCAGAAGCAAAGUGAGCCUCCUGCAGCUCCGCCGCCUGCACUGCCAGCUAAAUCCCAAAACAGAAAGCUGACGGGAGCAGUGUCUGUGGACACAAUGUCCCUCUCACAGGUGGUUCCUUCAGUACCAAAGAGAGGCAUUCCUCUGGGCUUCUCCCUGAGUGGGUCUUUCCCUGAAACAAAAUCACACCCGAGUGAAACCCAGACCGACCCAAACAGAUCGCAGAGCUUUAACACCGCUGCCACGGGCUAUCCAGGUAAUCUUUGUCCCCCGGGGACCACGUACCCGGAGCUGACCCAGGUGGAGAGCAGGAGCAGGUCUCUUCCAAGACUCAACAACAGCAACAUGGAGGAAGAGGAGGAUGACGAGUACUCGAACCAGGUCGGCAGUCCGGCUUUCAAAACAUCUUAUUCACCAAGUCUUCUGAAGAGGGUCACCAUCCACACCUACUCCCUGCACGACCCCAGAGACGGCCCGCGGCCGAGCAGCUCCGAGUCCGAACAGCAGGGUGGUGAUGGGGAUCUGUUGAAGUCCAACCCGCUGUACCACACCUCGGAUGUGCCUGGAGGAAGAUCAGCUCAGCAGGGGGACGGCAUGUAUGCCGAGGUUCCCAAGAGGGCGACACCUGCUGGGCUGCCCGAUGACACCUAUGAGCAGAUCCCCGGGGAGGCCGUGGUCGUCCAGGGAAACACGUACGAGUCGCUGGAGGAUGUGAAGACCAAGAAAUCCAAGUCAACCUGGGGUAAAAACCUUUCACAGCUGGUGAUGCACGGGGCAUCCAUGUGGUCCGAGCUCCGAGUCCGGAAAUCCGAGGUCGGUGGGCGUGUUUCCCACUUUGACCUCAGAAAAUCUGACUUCUGA